GUCCCUGAGACGAAUAUGGAGACGAAGAUAGUUAUAGCGAGGGCAAUGGUUUUGCUAUCAAUGUCAUGCAUGAUACGGUGCGCUUUUGCCGAUGAAGGGCUUCUGGUUAAGAUGACUCUUGUUCAAAACGCGUCGGCUUCCGGUGCCUUUUGCUUGGAUGGAAGUUUGCCUGCGUAUCAUCUGGACAGAGGUUUCGGUUCUGGAGCAAGCAACUGGCUUUUGCAAUUUGAGGGAGGUGGGUGGUGCAAUGAUAGGAAAUCGUGCAUGGAGAGAGCCAAUACCCGGCGCGGAUCUACAAAAUAUAUGUCCAAGAUGGAAGUUUUCUCGGGAAUCCUAAGCAACAAUGCCUCUCGAAAUCCAGAUUUCUACAAUUGGAACCGUGUGAAGCUUCGAUAUUGCGAUGGCGCAUCGUUUGGUGGGAACUCCAAAUAUGACAACGGGACAUCAGUAAUUUAUUUCAGAGGGCAAAAGAUUUGGGAAGCAAUCAUUCAUGACCUUCUCCCUAAAGGAUUGGGGACUGCACAUAUGGCUUUGCUUUCAGGUUGCUCUGCUGGCGGUUUAUCAUCCUUUCUGCAUUGCGACAACUUCGCAAGCAUUUUACCAGCAAAUACUAGUGUGAAAUGCUUGAGUGAUGCUGGAUUUUUUAUGGACGAAAUGGACAUCAGUUCAAACCGUACAAUGAGGACAUUCUACAAAGAAGUUGUUCAACUACAGGGGGUAGAACAGAAUCUAAAUGAAAAUUGCACCAGUUCCCAUGUUCCAGAGCUGUGCAUCUUUCCACAGUACGCUUUGAAAUAUAUCGAAACUCCAUUUUUCAUCUUGAACUCAGCUUAUGAUGUAUACCAAUUUCACAAUAUAUUGGUGCCACCUCAAGCUGAUCCACGAGGACUUUGGAGCCGAUGCAAGCUUAAUCCAGCUGCUUGUAACCCUAACCAGAUCAUGAUAUUACAAGGUUUCAGGAACGACAUGCUUGCGACUUUGAGAUGGUUCCUCGACUCUUCAAUACGAGGGGGCAUGUAUAUUAAUUCGUGUUUUGCUCAUUGCCAGAGUGAGUCACAAGACACAUGGUUUGCAGAUGAUUCCCCAAGAAUACAUAAUAAGACCAUUGCAGAAGCAGUUGGAGAUUGGUACUUCAGCAGAAAGGAAUCUAAGGAAAUUGAUUGUCCGUAUCCUUGCGAUACUACAUGCCAUAACCUCAUACCAUAGGAUCAGGUUCCGUAGGUGAUUUAGAGAUAUUAGACAAGAGCUGAGUUCUUACAAGUUUUUGCCAUUGUUGAAGCAUUGCAGUUGGAGCUGUCUGAAUAUAAUCUAUAGAAGGAAGCAUGCUAAACGGAUAUUGUAAAUUGCCGUCUAUAUACCGGUGCUUUAGCAAAAUUUGGUGCAAGAGAAACCAUAGAUGAAUUUGAAAUUUUCCAAAUAAGUCUUCAAUUGAUCAAUAAAAUACAAAGAUUCUUCGUUUUUCUUA